UCCCGGAGGUGGCAGGGGCGGCCGGGGCGGCCGGGGCCGCGCUGCACCGCACCGCACCGUGCGGGCGGCCAUGGAGCGAGCUUAGGGCGUCGCAGGAAUUGUGGGAGGCACCUCAGUGAAGAAAUGGACCAGUGUGUAUAAUCAUGGAAUCUCCUUGCUGACAAUCACCACCUGCUCUCCUUGAUAAGUGAGAGAGAGUAGUCAGGGGAGAAGGAAAAGAGGUCAACAUGAAGCUAAAGCAGCGAGUCGUGCUGUUAGCAAUUCUCCUUGUCAUCUUUAUCUUCACCAAAGUUUUCCUGAUUGACAACUUAGAUACAUCAGCUGCCAACCGGGAGGACCAGAGGGCCUUUCACCGAAUGAUGGCUGGCUUGCGGGUAGAGCUGGUGUCCAAGCUGGACCACACCUUGCAGUCUCCCUGGGAGAUUGCAGCCCAGUGGGUGGUUCCCCGGGAAGUGUACCCUGAAGAGACACCAGAGCUGGGGGCAAUCAUGCAUGCCAUGGCCACCAAGAAAAUCAUUAAAGCUGAUGUAGGUUAUAAAGGGACACAACUGAAAGCCUUACUGAUACUUGAAGGAGGACAGAAAGUUGUCUUCAAACCUAAGCGGUAUAACCGAGACUAUGUGGUAGAAGGGGAACCUUAUGCUGGUUAUGAUAGACACAAUGCAGAGGUAGCAGCCUUUCAUUUGGACAGGAUUAUGGGUUUCCGCCGAGCCCCCUUGGUGGUUGGCAGAUUUGUUAAUCUGCGGACAGAGAUCAAGCCUGUUGCCACGGAGCAGCUCUUGAGCACCUUCCUAACUGUAGGAAAUAAUACUUGUUUCUAUGGGAAGUGUUAUUAUUGCCGAGAAACAGAGCCAGCCUGUGCUGAUGGAGACACGAUGGAGGGGUCUGUCACGCUUUGGCUUCCAGAUGUGUGGCCUCUACAGAAACACCGACACCCAUGGGGCAGGACUUACCGAGAGGGCAAAUUAGCCAGGUGGGAGUAUGAUGAGAGCUACUGUGACGCUGUGAAGAAAACACCCCCUUAUGACUCCGGCCCUCGCCUCUUGGACAUCAUUGAUACAGCUGUCUUUGAUUACCUGAUUGGCAAUGCUGACCGCCAUCACUACGAGAGUUUUCAAGACGAUGAAGGCGCUAGCAUGCUCAUCCUUCUCGAUAAUGCCAAAAGCUUUGGGAACCCCUCGCUGGAUGAAAGAAGCAUUCUUGCCCCUCUCUAUCAGUGUUGCAUCAUUCGGGUUUCUACCUGGAACAGACUGAACUCCCUGAAGAAUGGUGUGCUGAGGUCUGCCUUAAAAUCUGCCAUGGCCCAUGACCCCAUCUCCCCAGUGCUCUCCGAUCCUCACCUAGACGCUGUGGACCAGCGGCUCCUGAGUGUCCUGGCCACCGUGAAGCAGUGCACUGACCAGUUUGGGAUGGACGCAGUGCUGGUGGAAGACAGGAUGCCUCUCUCCCACUUGUAA